AAAAGAGAUACUCCUUUAUGUAUUCUUUUCUGGAUAUGUAUGCACAGUAUUUAGCCAAAAAUUGGGAUAACCCAACAAUUAAACCACAACUAUGAACACCAUGUUCUGCUGUGAGGACAAUGACGGGGCCCAGUGCAUUGCUCCAAGCCUGCAAACCUCUAAACUCACCACUAUGAUCCCAUUGUGUCAAGCAUCAAAAUGGACCGAAACAGGUUCAAUCCAAACAGGGAAAUUUAGAAAAUGGGUCGACACUUGUUUGUUUUACGUAUCUGACAAUAAUGCGCUAUACUCCAAGAAGGGAAGAUGAAAAAUCCUGACUUAACUUUUUGAAAUCCUCCAAAAUCUUUUGUAUUUUGGUGAUAAAGGAAAUAAUAGCGAAAGAGACUAAAUGGUCUUCACUUGUGAUAAGUGACUCAAUAUUACUUCCUAUAUUUUCUGCUGAUGACUUUAGAAUUAUACAGUUGUUAUGAGUGGAGGAGGAAGCAUGAUCCCUUUAAUGAAUAAAAAUAGAUUUACAAAGAUAUCGACCACAGUAAACACCAAACAUCUGGUAACUGAGUUGUUUCUCCUUUCAGUCAAACGACGUUUGGCUUUUGGCUCCUUUUUUCAUCUACAGUAGCCUGUAAAAUAAGUCCUUUAAAAAAAAAUCUCUAAAGUUUGUUUUUCUGUUUCAGUGCUGUUUGUGUUAAUACCGGUCCACAGUUUGGACACCACUAGCAAAUGUCUGACUCGACCUUUCAGUUGAGAACAUACCAUCAGGUGGCGCAAAGGGAUAUGUGACGAUUUUUUAAUAUUAAAGUCAUUAAUUUAUUUACAUGACGGAAGCCAAGAAGCUGCAUCAUGCUGGCAAAGGGAAUGGACUGUAGAAUACAACUGAACGGGCCACUUUGAGCUUAACACUGCGAAUAUUUGCGAAGAGAUGAGAGAAUCUGUAGCGCAAGCAGGAAAUAAAUUUAACUGAUUAAUAAGGCAGACGGACAGUGAUUCCGCUGAGUGUAACCUAGUCAGUGAUUUCGUCCUCCCGAAGAGCGAAUAUUUUUUCCACUGCACGACUUACUGGAUAUACCACCUGAAGAUGGAGUUUGGAGAAAGGAAGAGGAGAAGGAAGUCACAGAGCUUUAAACUGGUCACGGAUGGAGAUUUAGAGCCUUCAUAUGUGAUUAACUCCAGCUCCAAAGAUGCCAAUGGGGAGCCAAAGGAUGGUGCUAUGCCUGAUGCUUGGCUGGAGGAUGAGGGCAUGGAGAUCAAAAGGCAAAUCACAGGAAUGAUGAGGCUUCUGAGCGAUAAAACCAGCAGAGUAUACCAGCGUGCUGGUACAGAGCAGGAUAGCUUAACAAAGGAGCCCCAGGAAAAGCCUCUGAACUGGAUAAAUCAGCCUGAACUUUUAUCUCUGGUGUCAGAGGACCACCAGAGCAACAGCUGGAACUCUGCAGAGGAUCCAGGGCCUUCACCUUCAUCCAUAUCCAUCCCAGUCCCAAACAGCCCAGGCUGCGGCCAGUACAGCACACGCUCCAGAGCCCUCAGGAUUCUCAACAGCACAAAGGGUUUAAUCAAAGUGAAUGAAACUAAUGCAGAUGUAGUUCCUCCUACUGUGCCAGAAACCCCCUGCUGUAUGUGUAACUGUAAGGGCACCUUGCAGGCUAUUCUGCAGGAACUACGUGGCAUGAGGAGGUUGAUGCAGAAUCAAAAAGCAUCUUUAGAAAAGCAGGAAAGGGCAGCAUCGCCGUCUCAACCUCGCCUAGGUGCAGGACCCAGUCCUCGCCACAGGCCUCGAAAGAGGAGGCCAAUCUAUAGGAUGGCUCCGCUAUCUGUGUUUAGCACCAGAAGAGCUGGUCUUGCUCCUCUGGAUGCAUCACUGCUAAAAGCUGCACCUGUGGAAUCUGUAAAGAAGCGAGAAUGUGAGAAACAAGACUCAUCUACAACCAACAAUCAUCCCAUCUCCUCUGACAUUCCUGUGCCACCACCUCAGACCAACCCAGUGACGGUCAACAACACAUCUCCUCUCCUGAACCAACUACGGGAAUCACAAGCAUUAGAGUCUGAGGUGCGUCUUGCAGAGGAUUAUGACGUGUUUAUCUCUAAGGCCCAGCUAGACUCCAUUCUGGUCAACUAUACACGCUCAGGCAGCCUGCUGUUCCGGAAACUGGUGUGUGCCUUCUUUGAUGACGCCACGCUGGCUAACUCCUUGCCAAAUGGCAAAAGGAAGAGAGGGCUAAAUGAUAACCGUAAGGGCUUGGACCAGAACAUUGUGGGUGCCAUUAAAGUUUUUACAGAGAAAUACUGCACUGAACACAAAAUAGAGAAGUUGCCUGGGCCACGAGACUGGGUUCAGAUCCUUCAAGAUCAGAUCAAACUUGCAAGGAGGAGGCUGAAAAGAGAUGCCGUAGAAGCAGAAGACAUCUCAAAUGGACCAUCCACAAGCUGUGAUAAUAAACAGGCUGCAAGUGAAGAGAGGAUAGCAGCGAACACAACUGGUUAAUCCAAUGGCUGCCACGAUGGCCUUACAGUAGAGUCUUGUCUUCAUUAUUUCUCUGAAUUGGUGCAUUUUGCCACUAUUUGCAGCUGUUAACUGCUAUGUGCUAUGAAUGUAAAGAGACAUAAAAUAGGACCAAACAAGAAUCCCAAUGUAGCAUUUGUGUUCCAAAAGGCUUUUCAUUGGGGCCCCAUUUAAAUGCUGAGAUUUGGAAUUUUGUGAAAAUAAACACUGAACUAUAUAGCGGUUAGGUAAUAAAAUCGGUCACUUACUGUUUACAUAAAAGACAACAGCCUUAAAAGCUAACUUGUUUUAUUUCCAUGCAAUGAAAUAAGGAUCAAACAUCUCAAAUGAGACUAAGUACUAUAACACUAUUGCGUUCAUUUAUUUAGCAAAAACUAAACUUCACGGGAAGCUGUUCAUUGUGGAUUGUGCCUUUCAAGUAACUUUAGUGGGUUUAAUGUGCAGUGCAGCAUCCACCUUAUAUCCAGACAUUACAUCCAAAUGCAAACAUCUUGUAAACAUGGUCCGAUGUAUUUCUUUUUGGGGCAAAUUUUAAUUCAUUAAAAAAAUUUGCAAAUUAACAAUAGGUUUGCAGUCUACAUUUGGUGAAAAUAUAAAAAUAUAUCGCAGACUAUAAAUGCUUUUUUUUUUCUUUAUUAGAUUUUUAGGCUAUGCAUACCACUGCAGUUGGUGUCAAUAUUGUGAUGACAUUAUGUAUUUUCCUUUCAUUUUUGCUAACUGUACAUAUAUUUAAAAAAUAAGGUUGAUCCCACCAUUAAAUCUACUUUAUUCAAAGUUGCUGUUCGUGUGUUUUUUUUUAUAUUGUGUAAAGUAUAAUUAACAAA